AUGACCCAGGAGCAGUAUAUCCUUGCAGCGCAGCCCAACCCGCUCCACCAGCGUGGGGCGUCAGUGUGUGGUGCCCAGGUUUACCCAGCAGUGGGCAUCUAUGGCUGGAGGAAAAGAUGCUUGUACUUCUUUAUCCUCCUCCUACUUGUCACUAUGAUCGUCAACCUGGCGCUGACCAUCUGGAUCCUUAAAGUCAUGAACUUCACUCCGAGUGGUAUGGGGAAUCUUCAAGUGACCAAGGAUGGAGUCAGACUGGAGGGAGUGUCCGAAUUCCUGUUGCCUUUAUACGUCAAAGAGAUCCAGUCCCGUAGGGACAGUCCAUUGAUCCUCCAAUCAGACAGAAAUGUGACCGUCAAUGCUAGGAAUGAUCAGGGACAACUGACCGGUCAACUAACAGUGGGUUCAGAGAUGGUGGAGGCCCAGUGUCAGAGGUUUGAGGUGAGGAGUGCAGAUGGAGAGAGAGUUCUGUUCUCUGCAGACGAAGAGGAGAUCAGCAUCGGCACUGAGAAACUCAGAGUCACAGGGAAUGAAGGUGUGGUGUUCAGCCAUUCUGUAGAAACAUCACAUGUGAGGGCAGAACCCUUCCAGGACCUAAAGCUGGAGUCCCCGACCCGGACCCUCACCCUGGAAGCCCCCAGAGGGGUGGAGGUCAAUGCUGGAGUUGGAGACUUCUCGGCAACCUGUAGGAAAGACCUUCUCUUGCAGUCCUCAGAAGGAGAGAUCUUUCUAGAUGCGAACACCAUCCGACUGGGUAACAUUCCCCUUGGCAGUGCUGUGGACCCCCUGGAAGGGGCACCAGCAGGUACCACAUACACCAAACAGACUGUGUACGAGCUGUGUGCCUGCGCCAACGGCAAGCUCUACCUGUCCCCAGCUGAGAAAGGCUCUACCUGCCAAACCACUAGUAAUUUUUGUCUUUGGAGCUGA